UUUGUUUUUGCCCGUUCUGUUCCCUCCCAGCUUUUCCCCCAAAUCGACCGGAGGAGGCGGGCGAUCCGUCGGAGCUGGAAGUCCCUUCUUCCUUCGCUGCCUCCUCCUUCCGCUUCCGCUUCCGACGACCCGCGGCUUCGUUUGCUUCUGCUGUGUUUGCUCGGAGGGGAUUGUGAAGGCGGAUCGGAAACCCUAGUUCAAGCGUGAUGGAACUGGUGGGGAGGGCCGUGAAGAAGAGAUUCCCUGGGUUUGGAACCUUCUCCGGCUUUGUGGAAUCGUAUGAUCCGGAUGCGGGCUAUUUCAGAGUGCUGUACGAGGACGGAGACUCCGAGGAGUUGGAAUUCCAGGAGAUCGCUUCGAUGCUGAUGGAAAUGGGCGAGGAUGCGUCCCCGCCGGAGUUUCAGGUUUGGAGGGGCAAGGGAAGGCCGCCGAAGAAGCAUAGGCCGAGCGAGAUGGAGUUCGCUGCUUGUGAGGACGUUGAUCUUGGGAGCGGCAGAGUUGUGGAUUCUGGUUUUAUUGGGGAAGAUGGGAAAUUGGAUGAACCGAAUGGGAAUUUGGCGGGGAUUGGAGAAGAAUAUAUUAAUUCAGAAUGCAAUCGUAGCUGCUCUCCGUUGAUGGAAAAUUGUUUCCCAAAAACUACUGAAGAAAUUUUCAGGAACGGUGAUGGUGUAAUGGAGGGAAUUAGUAGUAAUGGAUGCUCUGAGAGAUUUGCAGGGACUCCCAUAAUAAUGAAUCUGAAGGCUGAUAUUGGUCGUGCUGAGGAGUAUGGCUUAGGAGUCGGGAGAUUUUCAGAGCACGCCAAAGAGAAUUCUGUGGGAAAAGGAGAUGAAGUUACAGAAGUUGAGGUAUAUGAGUUCGAAAAUUGUGAAAUUUAUGAUGUUUCUACUCAAACUCAGGGGUGCGACCAUGAAAAUCUGGAAACCAAACAAAAUGACACUAAAAAGAGGCGAAGACUAUCUGGAAAAGUUUACUGUCCACAAGAUGUACCUUUAAGAAGGAGUGCUCGCAGAGUGGUUGCUACAGCAGUAUCUCAACCAUAUCCUUCUCAUAGCUACAUGUCGAAGAGUGAAUCAAGAUUUCAAAAUUGCAACGAGAAUGAUUUUGACAAUGCCCCUGAGGAUUCCAAGCCCGAAUUGCCACCAUCUUCUAGUGAUUUGGAUUUCCACGGACUGCCCGUUAUCGACUUGUUUUCCAUUUACACUUUUUUGAGGUCCUUCAGCAGGGUAUUAUUCUUGAGCCCAUUCAGCCUAGAAAUGUUUGUGUCAAGUUUACGGUGCAACUUUGCCAAUCCUUUGAUUGACCACAUACAUUUUUCAAUCUUACAAACCUUGAAGCAACAUUUGGAGUUACUUUCUGAAGAAGGAUCUCAGCUGGCUGCUGAUUGCCUAAGGAGUCUUAAUUGGGACCUUUUGGACUUAGUUACUUGGCCUGUAUAUCUUGCUGGUUAUUUACUGAUUCAUGGUUCAAAAAUUAAAUCUUCAGCCAAAAUGGCACAUUCAAAUGUCUCGACUGCAGAAUAUUACACCCUGGAAGCUACUACAAAGCUUGAGAUGCUUCACUUUUUGUGUGAUAGCGUCGUGGAAGCUGAAGGCAUGAGAUCAGAACUUGACAUUAGGAUGAAUGAGUGUGCAGUUACUUCAAAUGCCCAUAACAACAUUGAUAGGAGUAGGAAUGACUUGACUAUAACUAGUGCAGAUGGACCUUUGGCUCCGGAGGUGACUGAAGAGACUGCUGAUGGAAAUAGUGAUGAAUGUUGCCUCUGUGGUAUGGAUGGUAGCUUGAUAUGCUGUGAUGGCUGUCCUGCUGCAUUUCAUUCUAGAUGUGUUGGAGUUGUUAAAGAUCUUUUGCCCGAAGGUGAUUGGUACUGUCCUGAGUGCUUGUUGGAAAAACAUGAUGGAUUAACAAAGUUGUCAAAGUCUUCCCAAGGAGCUGAAGUUUUGAGUACUGAUCCGCAUGGGCGUGUAUAUUUUAGCUGCUGUGGCUAUCUAUUGGUAACUGAUUCAUGUGACUAUGUUUCUUCAUCUGUCUUUUACAAUAAGGAUGAUCUAGACAGUGUUAUCAGGGUUUUGAAAUCAUAUCAUUCUUAUUCUAUAAUAUUAAAUGCAAUAUCUGCACACUGGGGAAAUUCUCUUGAUUCCUGUGAUUCAGUUAGCCGGUUGUGUAGUGGAACGAGCAAAAGGAACAUGUCUUUGGAUACUGAAUUGCCCUCCAAGGACUUAUCAUCUUCAUUUCAGAAUGUUGCCAAUACCAAUAAUGUUGAAAAGAAUUCAAAGGAUAAUUGUUCUACUGACCAUAGUGGACUGAAUAACACAACCAUAUCAGAUUUGAGCCAGACACAUUUGUUAAGCUUAGAUCAUGUAACUGGUUCAUCACAUCCUUUCACAUCCUCACAAGCUGAAGAACAGUUGAUUUAUAUGGCGAACCAUUCUCAGUUUACUCAGCAGGCGAUUGCUGAUUGUUCUUUGGAUCCCAAUUAUACUGUAAAUGAAGCUUUACGUGUUAAAUCUUCAGUUAUGAAUGUUGAGAAUAGAAGGUGUCUUUCAAUUGGUGAUCAAAAUAUUUAUUCCUUCGUAACUGAGCAAAGGAAAGCUGGGCCGUGCCAGCUGGAGUCUGAUCCUGGUGGCUAUAUUAACUAUUAUAUUUUUGGACGAGUAGCUUCAUCAGUUGCUAAAGAUUUGUCAUGUAAAUCAACUGAGAGCAACAAUAAGGAAAUUAAAAAAUCGGAUGAUGACCUUGUGUUGCUGCAGCUAAAGGCAAUUUCAAAAAGAUAUCUAACAUAUAGUUAUUAUAAUUUCCUCAAACUGUCUGAUGUUCAAAAGGAGAAGUGUGGUUGGUGCCAUUCUUGCAAAACAUCUACCAAUAAUGAUUGUGUAUUUGUGGUUAAUGACAGGCAUCUUGUGAUUUCAAAAGAACAUACUGUACAUCUUCAAAAUGAAAAGAAAAGUCACAUUUGCUCUGCCAUUGAUGAUAUUUUGUCAAUAGAAUUUCGUUUGAAUGGCCUAUUAUCUGGUAUGUGGGAGAACCCACAGUACAGUAGGUCUUGGCGCAAGGCGGUUAUGGAGACAUCUAAUGUGGUAUCACUGAGACAUAUGCUCCUCAUAUUAGAAUCAAAUCUGCGGCGUGUUGCAAUGUUAUCAGAUUGGACAAAACCAGUUGAUUCUGCUCAGACAUUGGGUUCAUCAUCUCACAUCUUCAUGGGUUCAAUGGACGUACCAUCAAAUACUGGUGGUAGUAGAAAGCAUGGGAAAAAAGCUAACUCAGGCGCUGAGUUAACUAUCUCCCAAGCUGAUGCCCCGUCAUAUACCCCCUCACAUAUAUGUUGGUGGCGUGGUGGGCGACUUUCCCGCCAAGUGUUCCAUUGGAAAAUAUUGCCACAAUCACUGACUUCCAAGGGUGGUCGGCAAGGUGGAUGCAAAAAGAUAUCACAUGUUUUUUAUCCCGAUGGAUCAGAGUUUGCUAGGAGAAGCAAAUUCGUUGUAUGGCGAGCUGCAGUUGAGAUGUCAAAAACAGUUGCUCAUCUGACUUUUCUGAUCAAGGAACUCGAUUCAAAUAUUAGGUGGUUGGAACUUUUGAAGAGUCCACCAUUUCCUCAAUUGGCUAAAGAAUCCAAGAGUUUAGCAAGAUUGUUCAAGAAGGUUAUAAUUCGUAGAAAGGCUAUGGAUGUCACCAAUGUUAAAUAUCUACUUGAUUUUGGUAAAAGAGAGAACUUACCUCCUACUGUUACCAGAAAUGGGAUCCUUCAUAAAGAUCCCUCUAGUGAAAGGAAAAAAUUUUGGCUGAGUGAGAACCAUGUUCCUCUGUAUCUUAUUAAGGAUUUUGAAUUGAAGAAAUUAGCCCGAUCAAUGAAAAAAACAGGUGCUAAGUUGCCUUCAGUUAAAGUAGGAGAUUUCAGUGCAAAGAGAUUAGAAAGAUCAGGGAAUCUUUCCUACCUACUCUCCAGAGCAGAAAUAUUAGAGGGAAAGAUCUGUGGUUAUUGUAACAAAAAUGUGCUAAUGAGGGAAGCCAUAAAGUGCCAGUUGUGUGAUGGUUAUUUUCACAAAAAGCAUGUCAGAGUGUCCAAAGGUGCUAUACCUGUGGAAUACAUUUGCUAUAGAUGUAAGGAUAAAAAAUCCAUGAAGGCUAAUGUUAAGAAGAGGAAAAUAGUGUCACGUGAGAAGGAAAAGGGUUCUGGUAGUGAUUCAAAGGUGUUGCCAAAGAAAAGAAGACGUGUCUUGGUAAAAACUAAAAAGAAGCCUAAGUUGAAAAAGAAACAAAAACUAGUUGUGAUCAGACAAGCUAAUUCAAGAAUAGUCAAUAUUAGCAAUCCUCGUAAGAGAAAAAGAACAACUAUGCAUUAUUCCUUCUGGUUAAAUGGCCUGCAAUGGGCAAGGAAAUCAGUAGUUGAACGUGCAAAGAAUUUCAGAAAAGCAAAUGUUAUGCUCCCAUCGCAAAGGUUGUUCAGAAGUUCUAAGAGACCAGUGUGUUGCCUAUGUUUGAAAGAAUACGAUUCAGAACUUAUAUAUGUCUGUUGCGACAAUUGUAAAGAUUGGUUUCAUGGAGAUGUCUAUGGCCUUGCCCUGGAAGAAAUCAAUAAUCUAAUUGGAUUUAAGUGCCACAAAUGCCGCAAAAGGAGCAUUCCAGUGUGUCCAUUUUCAAGUCACACAGGAAAUGAGAUUUCACCUUCUAGGGAGUUCACUAUGUUAGAGGUUGUUGCUAAUGUGGAACAAGACAUGAAAGAAAGGCUUAAUAGUGAAAAAUCUGAAAAUUCAUCUGUAUCUGAUGGCAAAGACUGUCUGGAUCUGCAAAAUGAUGGUUCCUCGUGUGUUAUACUGGAGGUUCCAAUUGCAUAUGAAAGUGAAUGUCCAGGAAGAAAUAUUUUAGAUUAUCCAUUUUCAAAUCUUCCAGUCAAUGAGUUUCAAUUGUCUGGUCAAUUGAAAAUCAUAGCUACUACUACAUAUGUGGAACAAGACCAUGGAGAUAGGCUGCAUAAUGAAACAUUUGACAGUUCAAGUCCAGCUGUUCACAAUGAGGAGCAUUUGGAUGAAGAGAACAAUUGUUCUGCCUCAACCCCAGCCAGGGCUGAGGACGCAUUUACUUUAGAAACUACAUGCAAAGAUCUGUGUUCAUCUUCGACCCUCACAGUUGAUGAGAUUCAGUUCUGUGGGGAAUUCACCCUCACAGAGACUGAUAAUAACAUGGGGGGAAACUCUGAAAAGAAACUUCAAAGUGAAACUUUAGAACAUUGUUCACAAUUGGUUUGCAGUGAGAAUUAUUUGGAUCAGAAUAAAAAUGACUCUACAUUUGGUAGAGAUGAAGCAUCAUAUACUCCAAGGACUGAACCAGAAAAUGGUCCUUGUACCCAUCCAAUGGAAGGGAAAGCUGUAUCUUGCAAAAUUGACAAUGAUUUGCACAUUGUAAUGACCUCGCAGGAAAUGGAGAGCUCGAAUGAAAUGGUUAUAGUCAAGGAGUUGCUGGUUUCUGAUCCCCUAGAUCAUCCAGAGUCACAAAAAGUUCUAUCUGGAAAGGAAGUUCGUGUUACAAAUGCAAAAAGUUAACCAUUUAUUAUAUUUCUUAAUCAUAUUGGAAGAUUCAUGUUUUUAUUCUCUUGCAGCACUUCAUUAUUAGAUUAUUACUUUUUGUGGAAGUUUGGAAAAAGUUUGGUCAGGAUUUUUACAGUCAGCAACCUUGGACUUCCCUGCCAAAUUUCUCAUUUUUACCUAUUUCUUAAUGACUGUAUCAACAACUAAUUGCAUAGCAUAGCAUAUCAUGUUUUUUUAGCAAUGAUGAUCAGAAAAUGCUGAAUCAUAUUUCAGAUCUAA